AUGACCAAAUCGCUUGAUGGAAAGGUUGCCGUUCUCACAGGUGCAAGCCGUAACAUUGGCAAGGCCGUCGCUGUUGAGCUGGUUUCUCGCGGUGCCAAGGUUGUCAUUGGUGACAUCCUCGACAAGCAAGGAGAGGAAACUGUCCAAGAACUCAACAACAGUGCUGGCAGCAAGGUAGCUGCUUACAUCCACACCGAUGUGACCAAAUACGACGACAAUGUGGCCUUGUUCAAGCUUGCAGAAAAGGAAUUUGGUGGUGUAGAUAUUGCCUUUUUGAACGCUGGUAUUGGCACCAAUGCAAACACCAUGUUUAUGCCUCUUGAUGACAAGUUGGAUGAGCGCAUGCUUGAUAUUAAUACCACCGCCGUCGUCAAGGGAACCAAGGUUGCCAUGCUCCAUAUGGCCAAACGGGGUGGUGGUGCCAUUGUCAACACCGCCUCCGUAGCAGGUUUCCUGGCAUCACCAUCCGUUGGCAUCUACGCUGCAUCUAAGCAUGGUGUUGUCGGUUGGACUCGAUCAUGUGGCAUCUUUAAAGAAGUCUGCAACGUUCGUGUCAACGCACUUUGCCCUUACUGGGUCUCCACCGAUCUUAAGACUGAUCUUGCCAAUAAGACCAACAACGAUCCUUUCGACACUAUGGUUAGCAGUGCACCCACCACCGAUAUGGAGACCGUUGUUGAAGCUGUCUUGAGGAUGAUCGAAGAUGAAAGCUUGAACUCAACCACCUUGUUGGCUCUCCCUGGUAAUGUCAUUCGGGCUCAGGAGCCAAUCCCACCCUAUCCCGAAAUCCUUAGUGAGGAAUACCUUUCAACUGUGAAGAAAUACCAAGCAGAAAGCAUUGCUUUUUACAAGCAGCAGCUGGCUGAUGCAUUGAAGCGUUAUGGCAUCUAA